UCUCCCGUGCCCAUCGGGCAGCGAAACCCUAGAAUCGAAUCGACGCGAGGCGAGGCAGAGGCGGCGACCGAGACAAGCGAAAAGGAAACCGCGGAGGAGGCGAAGGAAGAUGCAAUCAUGUUCCGGCGGUCUGUCGGUUCCCUCCUCGCACGGAGGUUCGCGCCACGUGCGACCCCAAGGACUGCUCCUGCGCGCUCUCUCCACUCCUUGACGGAUCUCGCCGUCGGUGAUGGCCUUCUUAAUGCUUAUGUUCUUGCCGCGUGUGCGUUGGCUGGUGGUGGUGGGGGGUUGGUGAUUCGGCAUUUCAAGGAAGGCACAGGUGUUGAUGGAUCAGCUGCUGCUGGCAAGCUGAACCACAAUGUCAAGUUUAAGAAGCCGGACAUGAAGGAGAGGUUUGAGCGUUGGAUCGUCGUGCACGGAAAGACAUACCGAGAUGAGGAAGAGAAGGCUAUGCGGUUCGAAUUGUUCAAGGCCUCCCUCGAGAGUGUGGAAUCGCAGCUCCCGUCGGUCGAGGAGAGUGGUGUGCUUCCAGGGGUAAGCUGUUUUGCAGACUUUACAGAUGAGGAGAUUCGGAACUUGCUGGCCUUUCCCGACGGAAUUGACGAGUCUGAGUACGACGAGAUGGUCAAGUCUGCCUGGGCCAAGCAACAGAAAGGAAUGAAAACAGGAGAGCCAUUGAAAUGGAGGCCAGGUAUGACUCAGGGCGACAUGCGGGCAACUCAAGGUUCUGCAUAGAAUGGUGUCUAUUUGGUUAAUAAUAUCAUAUCUGGUGAAAGUCAAGUGGCUGGUGUUCUUGGAAACUGCUCUAAGUUUAGUUUGCUGCUAUGUUAACUCUGAACGGAGAAACAUGUGAGGACCAACAAUGUUGUUUGCUUGAUCAGUCCUUGUUUCUCUUUGGCGUUGCUUCCUGGAGAUUUCUCUUUUCCACCGGAAGAGAAGCAUGGAAAAUAGGAUAUGAUGAUAUCCUGUUUGUUUGUGCUGAAGUACUGACCAAUCAGUUGACCACCUUCCAUUGAGCACAUAUAUUAAAUUAUCUAAAUCUAGCUAGAGAAACUUUUUGUGGA